UAUGUGAAGUGCAGUAAUUCAAUUCGCCCUUGCCCUGCUAAACGAUUCACCUUUUCUUUUUUUUUACUUUGGCGAAGGGUAACGUCUACAAAACGCAGUCCACUCUGUUUGUUACAGAUUCUAGUUUUGAAAACUGAAAACUGUAUGGAGAUCAAAUGUUUCAUCGUUGAUAUAAUCUGAAGAAUCCCGGCCAAAAUCCACCUCGCUCUAUCGUCURCCACUGCCGACCGCUGGUCUUCCURUCAUCCCCAUAUUUGGUAGUGAGCGGAAACGCCAACCGGAUGCUUCACAUUUAUACAUCCGGUGAAAUAUAUGGCUCGUUCUAUCUGUGAUCACUGUUUAUCUGAUGCUACGGACACGUCGUUUUAGCAGUCGUGAUAGUUAGUUAUGCCUAUUUAAUUAUCGUGUUCUAAAGGACGAGGUUUGUGUAUACGUAGUAUUUGGUUGUAAACGACUCUAACAUGGUUGGGAGUAUCGAAUACCGACGUGGAUAACAGUUGAACUGCGCUUGCUUUGUUUUGGACACACUAGUGGUAUUGUGUGGAGUGUUCCAGCCCCUGUGCAUUGAGCGCCUCCUAGUGAUGCCUCAGCUGAGAGGGAAAAAUGUUGCAGCCUACCUAGACCUGAGAUCAAGAGGCAUUUUUGACGCUGGCACUUUGUCAAAACUCAACUUGAAGAUUCUCAGGGGUAUUGUCCUCCAGGACAGCAAAGACUUCACCAAAGUCUGGACCAAGUCGUCAAAAUCCACUAUAUUUUAUGAGAGUGGGAGGAUUUAUUUUGAAAAUUAUCAGUGCUGCUUCAGUAGCCUUCCAUCUGAGCCACAACUUCUGUAUGAAUUACCCAAGCGGUCCAAAGCGGAGAAGAUUGAAGAUGCAUUGCUAUGCCAGUGCCCUCUUGACAAAGGGUUGCCAACACCGUCAGAUCAAAAACCUAGCCUCUUGGCCCUGACUAGCAAUAAUUGGCUGUAUCGCUUCUCAGCUGUGACAGGACAACAAUUGGAGAAAGUUUACUUGUCCCCACAUCACAAGUUCAGAUACCUUGGCUGGGAUGUAUCGCAGGAAACAUUUUAUGUCAAGUCCAUUCAGAAUAAAGUGACAUCUUCAGCAAGACAGGCAGGUUUCAACCAAAACACCUUGCUGUACCUCGCCGUMUUCCGCGUUUUCCCCCUGCAACUUGUGGGCGUUCUGGAGAUCAACAAAAGUAUAUUUGGAAGCACUGUCAUUGAUGUAGUUCUGUCCCAAGGGGUCCUUGCAGUUUCUCACAGUACCAAGACUGUGAAGCUCUAUAGCUUUGAAGACAUUCUGAAUAAGUACAUAAGAACGGAAUUGGUUCUUGGGGAGCAGUGUCAUUCAGAAGGCGGUAAAACUGUGGGAGAAGCUCCAUUUGGCAUUCCAGUGAAUAUCCACAUCAACGAAUGCCCCCCAGUGCUGUUUGAGGUGUCAUGCUUCGAUAAUGGAGUACAGAUCGGAGGCCAUCCAUGGCACUAUAUCUUCACCCUACCCCAUAAGAAACACCAGGGGUCGUACCGCAUCUGCUCUCUCAAGGAUAACACCCUGGCAAAGCAUGGAAUACAAGACAUGAAGUGCUGUUCUCUGGAGUCUGACUGGAUCUACUUCCACCCUGAUGACUCAGGAAGAAUCAUCCAUGUUGGACCUAGCACCAUAAAUGUGCUGAAAAUUCUGAGUGAACUGGAGAGUGAUGCACAGUUCGAUAUAGUGAAGGAGUUUUCCAUCACAGCUCAUCGAGACGAUGCUGCCUCCCAGAUCAAUGUCACUUCCUCAGGCCGCACAGUGAAGAGAAGAUUUUAUCAGCUYGAUGAUGACCCAGACCGAGAGACAUUCCGGAUGGUGGAGUAUGAGGAUGAGCUUGACCUUCUGGCUGUUGUGGAGGUGACCCACAGAGAGGAUGAGGGGAAGGCCCACGUCAGACUCCAUGACAACAACACUGGAGCGUUACUGAAGAGGGUUCCACUUGUGGAGUCGUGGGAUGUGACUUACAGCCAUGAGCUGUUCUUUGACAGAGAUACAAUUGUUCAUAUUGAACAGACGAAGAACAAUAACUUCUGCUGCCAUGUCUACAAAAUCAGUCGUGGACAAGCAGAUGAGUGAAGUUGASACAUUCUUUAGCAGUUGAGACAUUCCUUCCAAUUGCUAAUGAUGGUAGUCAAAAAGAUUCCUCAAGUAAAUAGCCCCGUUGAAUGUGUUUUCCUAGUUAUUUUUUACACUUUCUUUCCCAAUAAGGACUACAUGUUGUCAUUCUGUUAAUUUGAAGAUGUUGUUGGUACUCUAAUAAUGUGUCUUAAAUAGUUAUUCCAAUACAACUGUUGGCUAA